ACCCGCGAGACUCCCUCCGGAGCUGAAUGGUGGAAAUUCGUAACAGUUGUCGAUUCAUCAAACAAGAUAAUCCAACUUAUAAAUGGCCCAGCGUCUAACAAGUUAAUACCACAUCGUUAGCUAAUCAGGGAGGAGGAGCAACAAAUUCCGUAUUCGCAGAUCAAAGCGAGCUGCGAGCACUUUGAAGAUGGCAAAAACUGAAUGACUACCGAGAACCCACUGCCAUCGAUGCAAAAUGAUUGAAUUCAAUAUGGGGCUGGCACUUAACAUCCAUCAAAACACUAAACGAGGAGUAUUUAGAAUGGCAACCAGUUGUUGCCGGUUGCAUGUUGUUGCCGGUUGACAUAUGAGCAGCAGCAACAUCAGUUGCACCAGCAACAGCAAACAGCAGCAGCAACAGCAGCAGCAGCAACUGCGGCAGCCGCAACAAAGAAGAAAGGAACUUUUGCCGCCACACCAAAGUCCGGUGUUUUUCGAUGAGAGCGGCUACUACACAGAAAUCCUGGGCCAGAACACUGGGCAGACCUAACAAGCAGCAGCAGCAGAAGCGGCAGCAGAAGAAGCGGCCCAGAAUUAUGUAACAACCGCACUGGCAGUGGCCUGCAAAUUUGCAAGUCAAGAGUCACUGGAGAUGUCACUCUGCGCGGAUGGACAACUCGGCGGACAGCUGAGCAAAGCGGCCGCCGCCUGGAUUUUUCUUCGUUCAUUCGAUUCGAUUCCAGCGCUGUUCGUCCGUUUGGUUGUUGAACUUAAUCCCAGCAUGAUGGUGCAACAUUCGGCGAGGGUCCGUUGUCCUGGCAAGGUUGUUAUGGCCGCACACCGACACUUGUUUGUUUGUUUGUUGUGGCAAACACACACAGCGCAGGAUUUCAACUGGAUUAAACAGUAAUACAGUAAGCAAGCACUCACUAGCCAGCCGCCCAUCAACAUCUGCCCUCCGAGAAAACCACCGAAGAUGAUCUCACGACGCGACAAAUUGCUGCAGCAGCCGUGGGAGCAACUGCGGUACGCCCAGCACCGCGAGAAGGUCAUGUCCGCCCGCCCAGCCAUCGACACCCACUCGCCGCGCGCCCACGAGCACGUGCAGCGCAAGUGGAAGAAGCAGCAAGUGGAGCGGGAGCGCCAGCAGCAGAUCGAGCGGGAGAACCUGAGACUCCUCCAGAAACUGGGCGACAUAAUGCGCACCAAGCGCAUCAACAACCUCUGGCUGCAGCCGCGGCCCAAUUUUCUCAACCGCGAGAAGCUCUUUGCCACCCGCCCGUACUCCAGCCUGCCGGAAGUGGUCACCAUUUACGGAAAACAACCGCCGGGACCACUCAUCUAUGGCAUGCUGCCCAAACCGAAUGUUGUGGGUCGUUGUCCCACCUGCAGCGGCAAUCCGGAGCGCACCGAGGUGGCCAUUCCCGAGCAGCGAACACCCUGGGCGCCCGAGAGAAAGUCCUGGAACCGAAAGAGCCAGGAGCAAGUGAAGUUGCAUCGAUGCUACCACUGCGGAUCUGUAAAGACCAGCGAACGCAAGUACUUCGAGGAAUUCUCGUACUCGUACUCCUACGACGAAUGAUGAAGCUCGUGGUUCGUGGGUCAAAUAAAAGUAAAUUCAAGUUUA